GUGACGUCAGCGAGGGAGCGACCGCCUUCCUCGGAGCAAACAUGGCGGCCGCCAUGGAGCUACGAUGCUGGGGAGGCGACUGGGGUCUGCCGUCGGUCCACAGCGAGUCGCUCGUCGUCCUGGUAACCUUCGCGUUCGUUUGCGCGGACAAGGCCGUUACACACGUCACUUUCCCCGGCGCGACGUUGUUUCCUCUUUCGCCGUCUCCUCUCCGGUUAGCUUCCAUGCUAACCGAGUCGGUCCGCGUCGCUUGUUAAGAACGGAACAGGCGGUCGUUAUUAAACAUGUCCGCAGACGCAACGUGUGAACAUUAGUGACUGUGAGUUUUGUCCGAGCUCUGUGGCUGUUUGUCAGACAUUAAGAGCAAAACGUGUUCCGUCAAGGUCAGUACAGAGUCAAAUUCCUGAGAGUUACUUAGUUGUCAUUUGUAUUGUAUUGUAUUGUAUUAUCUAUACAAGGCUGCCUCCACAGAUUUGCCACUAUUAGUCCUUCUGCAAUUUUAGCUAGCAUUUAGCCAUGUGGCAUUAGGUAAUGCCAUAAUGUUAAAUGAAUUCCUAAUUAGUGGUCAAGUGUGCUUUUGCUGCAACCUGGCACGCCUGAAACUCAACGGGCGGAUUCGUAGUCUAGUUCGACUUGCUUUGCUGAUUGUCGGAUUUCAGAUCAUUUCAUGAUCAUUUAUGAUCAUUGCAGAAUCUUUUAAUAAGAUACUGGAUCUGCCGUGCAAAUAUAUGGACGUACGAUAUCUACUUUUGCUUUCAAAGAAAAUACUGUAUUGAUGAGUUCUUGUGCGUUUGUGGCUACAGCGGAGAGUAUUUCUGAUGCCGACGGAUGGACGAAAGCUGAUUUUUUUUUUUUAGCUAUCAUGACCGGCAGCCUCUCAAAUAUUUCCAGAUGCGUCCUGGAGACGUUUGCAACGUUGCGUGCUCACCAUCUUGAAUCUUGGUGAUGCGAUUGAAAAAUGCCCCUUUAUCAUUCUGAAAAUGCAUAUGCCAAAUUUUCUGGGGCCAAAGUGAAGAUUUCUCCUAUAGACUGGACAUGGAAAACUCUGACAGCAACAGUGCCUGAGCUAAUUUGUGGCGACACGUCAGUGAAAGAGCCCUCACAGAUUCUCAACUUCCUGCGAAAGCAGAGGUUUAAUGCCGACUACGAGCUGACUGCCCGUCAAGGAGCUGACACCAUGGCGUACAUUGCUCUCCUCCAGGAGAAACUUCAACCUGCAUUGUUGCACACUUUCUGGUUGGAUGCAGAAAACUACGCCAAUGUGACACGGCCGUGGUUUGCCUCCCGUUCGCCGUUCCCCCUGAAUUUCCUCGUGCCCGGUCGUCAUGCCGACAGCGCCCGCUCCCGCGUCCUGCUGACCAACGGAGGGUCGCGGCAAUGCAGAAUCACGGAGCUGGAAGGAAAGCUGUACAGUGAUGCUAAGGAGUGCCUGAAUCUCCUCUCCUACAGACUGGGAGCAGCAAGCUACUUCUUUGGAAACUUACCCACCAGCCUGGAUGCUUUUGUGUUUGGUUUUGUGGCUCCGCUCCACAAGGCCCACCUCCCCAACAGCCCCCUGCAGAGCCACCUCAGACAGCUGGAGAACGUCACGCACUUCUGCGACAACAUCCUGGCGGGCUAUUUCAGCUCCGCACACCCGUGUCUUCCCCCAUCUGUUCAGGAAACAAUGGAUGCCAACCUCCAGAAACUAACUCAGCUUGUAAACAAAGAGUCCAACUUGAUAGAAAAGAUGGAUGACAACCUUCGCAGCAGCCCUCAGCACAAACCUCACCGGCCAGAGCCCAAACCCAGUCUGCUCGUGGAAAAAAGCUCAAUGCCUGCCUAACCCGUGACCUCUGACCCUUCCCCCAUAAUCCCGCCUUCUGAACGGAGGGAAGACCACCUUGUAGAUGAUUUAUGGAGCGUCAUCAAACGUGAACCACAACGUAACUGUAAAAGCCAUUUGAAAGUAAUGAUGAUGGCUUUCAAAGAUGUCUGUGCGAAAGAGAAGAAAGUAUGGCAUAAGGUCUUUCAAAAAAGAAAAAAGAAAGGUAGAAACCUCACGCACGAUGGCAGUUAAUGAUAGAAUGGAAUUUUAAACUGGGGAAGACAGAACGUUCAAAUGAAAAGAAAAGGAAUAGUCCCGCAGAGAACGUAAACGGUGCUGCUUUGACACUUUAUUUCUCCAGAAGGGAAUUUGACUUUAUUUGUUGGACCCGACAGAUGAUGGACAUCUGUCAUUGCAACAAGGCUUGAGACCAGGGGUGGGCAAAGUAUGGUGCCCAGCGCUACAUUCUUGAAUUCAACCCACCGAGCGUUUAGAUGAUCAAAAAUCCCGUGAAAUCCGUCCAUCCAUUGUCUAUAGAGUACGUAUCCUUUUCGGAGUGGCGGCCGGCUCGCACGAGCCUAUCGGCAGUCGAUCACAUAGAAGCGGACAACCAUUCACAGUCACUGAGUGGGAAGGGAACCAGACAGUCGGGCAAGUAAACAAAUAUACUGUACCACCAGUGACUUGUUCUGUCAUAUUUGUUGCAUUCAUUUAGCUGAUUCCCCCCUAAAAUUGGUCAAAAUGUAAAUUGUUUUAAUUAAAUUCAUUUAUCUCAAAUAAUUUUGUCAAUACUACAGUAGCCAAGAGUGAAACAAAACAUUUUAUUGAUGCAUUAUUUUUUAACUUAUUUGAAAUCUUUUCAAAUGUUUUUGUUCCCCUCAUCUAAAUGACCUGGCCUGUCCGCCCCUUUCAAAAAUCGAAUAUUGUGAGCACAGACGUUUGCACCCUUGCUUUUAGCCCUUUAAAAAUACAUGACAAAAUGUCCUGUAAAGUGAGGUGUAAUUUCCAUUCUGCAUGCAACCCUGAUUGUCGGAGGAGCGCCCCUUCCACUUUUGGGAAUCUUGUAUAAUUGUAAAUAGAAUCUUAGGGAAAAAAACAAAACAAAAAAAAACCGCUAAAUGCAGUUUGCUCGAUAUACUGGUUCAGUUUAUCACUGUAACAUGGUUGGGAUUGAGGUGCUGUGGCGAUUUAAUGUAAUAAAUAGUAAUACGUGCUGAAUUUUCCUAGUAUCUCCUCACGAUCUAAAACCUGUGUCUUCAUGCAAGGCUGUUAAGAGUGGCCAUGCUGGAAUCGAACCCGGGACCUUCUUGCUGUGAAGCAGCAGUGCUAAACACUCUGCUACGUGUUUUAAUGCCAGUCGUUAUUGUUUGCUGUAACUGUCACUUGUUUUACCCAAUCUUGAAUUGUUUUAUUUUAAACGAGUCUAUUAGACGCUACGAAAUAUACUAAUCACCACUGAUGCAUUCCUUUCAAUGCAACAUAUAUUGAAAGAACUUAUUUAUUUCCUGUGUGCAGACUUGUGAGGACAACUACUGGUAUAUGCUUUGCUUUGUGUGCCUUCGCUUCUUCAUUAUAUCUUCAUUUGUGGUCCCUAACGACAUCUGCGGUUACUGUUAAUGCACUUUGAAUGGAAUGUAACAACUCUUCAAAUGAAAUAUGAAUAAAAUACAAUAACAACGA